AUGUUUGUCGGCCCAUUUGACCAGAGGACCCAUCCACACCACCUGCAUUCCCGUGAUCUUGAAAAUGCGGCUUCUCACAAUUGUCACAUAUGCAGGGUGUUGUGGAAUGCGGUCGUUGAUCAUCCACGGCAGUCUAAGCAGCCUGGAGAUCUUGAAAAGCCACACCCUGCCCCGGUUUCACGAUACUAUAUUCGCCGCCAAGCCGUGGCGGGAGAAUUUAUAUUUGAACUCGACUUUACUGUGAACAAGAAGGGAACCGACACGUGGGGGAGGUCUAUUACGUUCUGUUUGCAAAACAUGAAGGAUGCCAGUAACCAUAUUGACACUGAAGUGACAUACAGCUCCAGUAGCUGGGCUCCUAGCAUGUCAGGUGCACUGAAAUGGUUGACCCGAUGCCUAGAUACACAUGCCAAUUGCGGGUCAUCUUCCAAAGCUGGCUACACCCCCACGCGCCUACUACAGAUAGGGCACCCGAGCUCCGACAAAGUUCAAUUAUUGGUUCAUGCCCAAAAUGAAGACACUGCAGUCCAAUAUGCUACCCUUAGCCACUGCUGGGGGACCUCGAAACCCUCUAAGCUCUCGAUAUUAACGUCAGCAUCACUUCAAAGUUUACGCGAAGGAAUUUUCAUUUCAGAAUUAGACCAGGUGUUCCAGGACGCUGUAUUCACAGCUCAGUCACUGGGCCUUGGCUUUCUCUGGAUAGAUUCAUUGUGUAUAUUCCAAGACUCUAAAGAUGACUGGCAACGAGAGGCGCCACUCAUGAGCCAUGUGUACUCAGGGGCAAUAAUCAAUAUAGCAGCGAGUAUAGCAGCAGGCCAUAACGCGAGUUGCUUCCCAGACAGGGAUCUAUCAUUGGUUCAGCCAUAUAUCAUCGAAUCCGCUUGGGAUGAUUGCAAAAGCCAAAAGUAUAUUCUCUACCACAAUGACUUCAAAGAUACCACAUUGAAGGAUCUGCCGUUGACGAAAAGAGCAUGGGUUGUUCAGGAACUUUUAUUGGCACCAAGGGUUCUGUUUUUAACAGGAACGCAGUUGUUCUGGGAAUGCUAUGAAUUGCAAGCAUGCGAAACAUAUCCAAGAGGCCUACCGCCGAAAAUUCGCGAGCAGUGGUUGACAAGGGAUGUCUUAUGGGAUUUGCUUUUUAGCUCUGAGAGAAAUCCUGAGCCGAUGGUAAGAAAUAGGGCACACCAGGACAUCGAUGCAAUCAGGAAGUUAUGGAAGGCAAUCGUGGAAGUUUACACAGCAACACAAUUGACGUAUGGAACAGACAAACUCAUAGCUCUCUCCGGAAUUUCGAGAAUUAUGGGACGUUAUCUUGACGAUAAGUUCUGUGCUGGGCUAUGGAGGAAAACGCUUGUCACUGACUUGUUCUGGUUUGGCCCAUCAGGUAGAGGCGAAAAACGGUCCAGACCCAGCCCGUACCGUGCACCCUCAUGGUCCUGGGCUGGUAUGGAUGGCCAAGUCUCCGUGUCACUUUUUCUGGGUAAACAACUGCAGGACAUAGAACCGUUGGUUGGUAUAAUUUCUUGUGAAGUGGAGUCCUCUACAGGAGAUCCCUAUGGUUUCGUUACGGGUGGCUUUCUGAGACUUUCCGGACUACUCACAACAAUCCGAAUCAAGCCCAAACCUGACGGUGGCUGGUAUGUUUUCUUUGAUGAUAUUUGGUGGGAUGAUAAUGUACGCAUUCAUAUUCGCCUCGACUGCACUCCCUCUACAUAUAAAUUUCAUUGUUUACCAUUGUUCAUCGAUAAUCAUCAAUUGCCAUUAUGGAAUCUGUCAUGCCUUUUACUUGAACCUACUGGGGAGGUUGGAGGACAGUUCAAACGGGGUGGCAUUCUGCACGCCUUUUCUGGGGCAAUGGGAAUGCAGACUUGGACUAAUUUUGAAGGCAAGAAGAAUGAAAGCUGGCUCGAAUUUGAGAGAAAGUGUGACGAUGGUGGGUAUGUGGUAACCAUUUUGUGA